UUCUUCCUCCCUGGCUCCUCCCGGGUGGCUCCUGCGGGGCGGGGUGAAGGCCGGGCCGGCGGCUGCGCGCGUGCGCGGAAGAGAGUUCAGGGGCGGGGGCGCCGUGGCCGGCAGGGCUUGAGCGAGCUGAAAGACAAUGCAGGACCCCAACGCAGACACUGAGUGGAAUGACAUCUUACGGAAAAAGGGCAUCUUGCCCUCAAAGGAGAGUUUGACAGAGCUGGAGAAGGAGGCGGAAGAGGAGGAGCAGCAGGCCCUUCAGCAGUCCAUCGUAAAAACGUAUGAAGACAUGACUUUGGAAGAACUGGAGGAUAAUGAAGACGAAUUUAAUGAGGAAGACGAACGUGCUAUCGAAAUGUACAGGCAGCAGAGACUGGCUGAGUGGAAAGCCACCCAAAUGAAGAACAAAUUUGGAGAGGUUUUGGAAAUCUCAGGAAAGGAUUAUGUUCAAGAAGUUACCAAAGCUGGUGAGGGCUUGUGGGUCAUUUUGCACCUUUACAAACAAGGGAUUCCCCUCUGUGCCCUGAUAAAUCAGCACUUCAGUGGGCUGGCCAGGAAGUUUCCUGAUGUCAAAUUUAUCAAAGCCAUUUCCACAACCUGCAUACCCAAUUAUCCUGAUAGGAAUCUGCCCACAAUAUUUGUUUACCUGGAAGGUGAUAUCAAGGCUCAGUUUAUUGGACCGCUGGUGUUUGGUGGCAUGAACCUGACCAUGGAUGAGUUGGAGUGGAAACUGUCCGAGUCUGGAGCGAUCAAGACGAGCCUGGAGGAGAACCCUAAGAAACCCAUAGAAGACAUGCUGCUUUCCUCGGUGCGUGGUUCCGGCCCUGCCAGGAGGGACAGUGAUUCUGAUGACGACUAAGGCUGCGGCCCUGGUAACUCGCUGAACUUUCUUAAUAGGACAGAUCAUCUGAAUUUUUUUAAAAGGGAAAACUAGUAGGAAUUUAUACUUUGGCUUUUAGCCUUUUAUAAUUGUGUUUCAGAAAGAAUCAUUGCCAGGAAUCCUAUUAAACUUUUUGGAACUCUCUUUUUAAAUUAAUAAUAUUUCCUUUAAAAAAAAACAGCUAUUGGUCUGGCAGGUGUCAAUGUUGUUCCUCACUUAUAUUUUAAGUGAGCUGUAAAACUUCAGUAUUUGUUCCCAUAUAAGUAUAAAAAGAGAAAUAUGAAGUUUUAAAAAAAAAUAAUAGAAUAAAUUGCACAGUGGAACAAUUGCAAACUAAGCUUUGAAUUUGUAUUUUUGUUUUUUUAAUUUUUUAUAAAAGUAGCAAGGAUUAUUAACUCAAGUAAAAGAAAGGGAUGAUUGGAGUUUCUGCUGUGGCCUAGUGGGAUUGGCAGCAUCUUGGGAGAGCUGAGACACUAGUUCGAUCCCUGGUCCGGUACAGUGGGUUAAGGAUCCGGUGUUGCCUCAGGUGCAGCAUAGGUCACAGCUGUGGCUCGGAUCUGAUCCCUGGCUGGGAAACUCCAUGUGCCAUGGGGUGGCCAGAAAAAAGGAAUGAUUGAUAGGAAGAAAUUUUAGUAUUUAUACUAUUUAGAAGAAGUAGUCAAUAAUUUUUGUGAAACAAGUAGUGUCUCAUCAAAGCACUAACUAAAAGAUUCAAACUUACUGCCAUUUGGGGGAAAGUAUUUUUCCUGGUUAAAAUGAUUUUUUUUUGUCAGGAUGUUGAGAUGUUAGCUGACUUCAGUGACUAUAAAAAGCCACCUGAAAUUCUUUUUUGGAAAUAAAUAGGUAUAAGCCCACAGGUCAAUAAACUGUAUCUCAGUCAGUCAGUAAAAAACAUAGCAAGAUGUUUUCUGAGCCAGAGUCUUCUCUGCUUUUAUCACUUCUUGUCUAGUUGACAUUAACAGAAUAAUUAGGGGAACUUUUAUUCCCCGAUACUUGUGUUGAAGGACGCAGUCAUCAGUGCUGGCUGGAACCUUAAAAAUCUGCACGGAGUUCCUUCAGAUGAUUGUAAUUUAUUUUUGCCAUAAUUCCAAGAAUAACAAGCAGCUGUGACCCAUUUUAUCUGUCA